CAGGCUCCCAGGCCCGCCCCGCGGGAGAUUUAAACGCGCCUCCCGGGCGGAAGGGCCCACUUUCCGGGCGCGAUGGCGACUUUGCUGGACGAGGCCAUGGAGAGCUACGCUUAUCCCUCGUACAACCCUUAUUCCUACCGCUACCAGCCGCCCAAGAGCAAAGGAGGGCAGGGCGCCUGGCGGCACUACCAGCACCACCAGCACCACCAGCAGCCGCACCACCAGCACCACCGCAGCAGCAGCGGCGGUUACUUCUCCGGUUACAGCGAAGCGGUGGCGGCGGCGGCGGCGGCCGAAUACUUCGACAACUACCAGCGGGCGCAGCUGAAGGCCAUCCUCUCGCAGGUCAACCCCAACCUGACGCCGCGGCUGCGCAAGGCCAACACCAAGGAGGUGGGAGUGCAGGUCAACCCGAGGCAGGACGCCUCGGUGCAGUGCUCGCUCGGGCCGCGCCCGCUGCUCUUUCGCUCCCGGCCCGCGGAGGAGGAGGAGGAGGAGGAGGCGGCGGCGUCGAGCAAGAACAAGGCUGCCCGGUUAGCGGCGGCGUCGCCGCGCGGCACGUGCGCUUCCCCCGGACCAUCGCCGUCUACUCGCCGGUGGCCUCCCGACGCCUCACCGCCUUCGUGGAAGAAGCCGAAAGCCGGGAGCUUUCGUCUACGCCGCCCCAGCCCCCGCCCCCGGGCCUCGAGGGGGAAGUCGGGGAAGCCGCCGCCGCCGCCUGGCGCAAAGCCGAGGAGAGCGACGUCGAGUCCCAGGAGCGGAAGAAAGCGGCCUCGGUCCCCGACGGGGCGGGCGGUUCGCCGUCGAAGCCUCAAGCAGCCGGCAGCGCGGCCCAAAAGGAGGAGGAGGAGGAGGAGGAGGAAAAAAAGUGGAAAGGCGAAGGCGGGAAAGCCGCCACACCGCAAGCGGCCUCGGGAGGAAGCCGGGCCGAACAAGGCCCGCAUGCGCUUCCAGUUCCUAGAGCAGAAGUAUGGCUAUUACCACUGCAAGGAUUGCAAUAUUCGAUGGGAGAGUGCCUAUGUCUGGUGCGUACAAGGCACAAACAAGGUUUACUUUAGGCAGUUCUGCCGAACUUGCCAGAAGUCUUACAACCCGUACCGGGUGGAGAAUAUUACCUGCCAAACCUGCAAACAAACCAGAUGUUCCUGCCCCGUAAAAGUGCGCCAUGUGGAUCCCAAGAGACCUCAUCGUCAAGAUCUUUGCGGAAGAUGCAAAGGCAAACGGCUCUCUUGCGAUAGCACCUUUAGUUUCAAAUAUAUUAUUUAAGGAAAGGACACUGUCAAAUUGUACUGAGCAGAAAUUUUGUUUGGAAGUAGGAGGCUGCCAGGAGUGGGAAGCCUGCCAAGGAGGCUGAGAAGUGAAUCAGGAUGGAACCAAAACAUCUACCUCUUUUGUUAUAAUUGCAUUAAAGGAGCAAGGGAAUCUGCUCGGUGUAUUCUGACAAACUUACUUUUUAUUUUGGUAUGGCAGAAGCGGUCAAAGCAAGCUCAGUCUUUGUUGUUGUUAUGUGGGAAGGAAACAGUCUUAAUUUCUUCAUAGGAGAAGCUGCUCUAGACAGAGGAAUGCACUGCGAGUCAACCUCAGGCCAAAUAUGCAACUGUUAUGGUAAUGUUUCACGGUGACAAUUGCCAAUGCAGGCAAGCAAACCUUAACGGGAAAAGUUUUAGUUGUGAUAGCACACUGUUGAAAGAACUCAAGUAGGAUGGGAAGAAGCCAUCACAAAUUGCCAGAAUUCAGAACUUGUACUGCAGCGCACGGUGUUGUCUUCCAUCUUGUCUCCAGCUGAGUAAAACGAUAUAAUUGUUUGGGUGCCAGGUUCAUAGGCAUUAUUAUGGAAAUGGGUAGAAAAGGGAGCAUAAUCUCAGCAGCACACCUAUGAAAGGAAUUAUUUUGUUGGUCGGUAAUAAUGCAUUGCAUAGAUAAUGCAUCAUUGAAGUUUAGAAACAACUCAGAUUUCCUUUGCCCAGAGUCAAUAUGGUAAUUUCAUUAUUUUCUUGAGCAUAGAUCUCUUAAUAAAGUGACCAUGAUUAUAA